AUGCCGUUCCAUGACGGCGUCGUGUACAUACGCACACCGACGAGUGAUGCGGAGCGCGUUCCUCGUCGCUAUGCGAAAAGCCACAGAUCCGUCGACGAACGAGUGGCGUUGUCCACCCCAUCGUCGCCUUCGUCAUCGGUGGCUGGAUCAGCGCCAUCAGCGGCUUCAGCGCCGGCGCCAGCUAUUCCUGCAGCUCUUUCUUACAUGCAGAGCUCUGCCAACGCUGCGAGUGAUACACAUAUGAUGCCUUCAGUGGCGUCCACAUCAAACAUCUCGUCUCUCGCAGGUAAGAUGCCGACGUCUGAAUCCAUGGCAUUCUCAGAUUUGUACAGGCACUCCGAGUUACCGAGCACUCCCACAUCACCAGUGCCGGCAUCUAUGAUGACACCAGCGGCUAGCGCAGAAAUGACAGGAAUGUUGUCAUCCACAGGAACUUCGCAGAGGUGGGCAUCAGACGAUCCUCACGACAUGCACAAAGCUUCUUCGCCCUCCAAGAUACCACACUUGCGCAUUCACGCAUCAGACGAAAAUGCGGCAGAUGCCGAUAUGGCUUUUCCAACCUUGACGCCAUCGUCAUCCACUCGUUCGAUGCGAGGAAUGGAUUCAUUGAUACCCAUGUGGUCUGCGGACGGGUCCACAAAGCUAGAGUCACCUGGUUCGCGCAUUAUCCGCGUACCGCAGCGUGGUGUCACAACAAAUGAGUCGAUGGAUUCUAUGCGUUCGGUGCCUGCAACGUCGACGUCGAAGCCAUUCAGCGUAGCGGCGAAUCGCGUCGCGGGGACCAUUUCUCGUCUUACACGCCUGCGAAAUCGGCAACAACCACGAGUACCGCCUGACGUAGAGGCAAGCACACGGCCUGCUGUUGCCACUGAUACUGCCGAUCAUAUUCAUAACUCGCAGCCACUUGCACUCGAGGGAAAGGAAGUGCCUCGCAGAUACACGUCGCGUGACGGGGCAGAUCGAAUACCGCCAUGGAUGCCUUCAAGUCCUAGUGGGAACACGUCAAUCCGAGCACAGGCGUCGCCCGAUGCACAGUUUCGCCGGUAUGAAAUGAUCGGACGUGGCUCGUACGGCGCCGUGUACCGUGGCUUGCAUGUGCCGAGCAACAAAGUCGUGGCACUCAAAGUCAUUGAUCUUGACACGCCCGACUUUGAUGUAUCCGAGAUAUGGCAUGAAGUAGCCCUACUGAGUCAAAUUCGACAUACGCAGCCCAAGAACAUUGUACAGUAUUGGGGCUGCUGGCUGAAUGGGCCGACACUGUGCAUUGCAAUGGAUUAUUACGAAGGAGGCAGUAUCCGGACACUCAUGAAGGCAGGACCCAUCGCGGAGCGGUUUGCGGCUGUGGUGACGCGUGAAGUACUUGUGGCACUGAGCUACAUUCAUUCGGUCGGCAUCAUUCACCGCGACCUGAAGGCGGCAAAUCUAUUGGUGACACGAACUGGCCAAGUGAUGCUGUGUGACUUUGGUGUUGCUGCAUCGUUUGUGCAAGGCAGUGCUCGGGGAAAACGGUCAACGUUUGUUGGCACGCCGUACUGGAUGGCACCUGAAGUUAUCCUAGAGGGCAAGUCGUACGACUAUAAAGCUGACAUAUGGAGUCUUGGCAUCACUGUGUACGAAAUGGUCACCGGCAAUCCGCCAUACUCUCAGCAUGACCUGCACCAAGCCAUCACGCUGAUUCCCAAGAACCAGCCCCCGCGCCUGCCUGACAAUGGGCAGUACUCACCCCUGCUGCAAGAGUUUGUGGCCGCCUGCCUAGAUGCAGAGCCCCGUGAUCGACUUUCCGCUGAUGAACUCGCACGUAUGCGUUGGAUGAAAGCCCAUGCUAAAGUACCUGUUAGUGUUCUCACAGAGCUUCUGGUCCAGUACAAUAAAUGGACACAAGCUGGUGGCAUUCGCCAAAGUCUACUUCCUCCUAUCCAGACGGAUGUGCGCCCGAAUGUUGACGAGUCACCCCAACCAGAGUGGCAGUUCGAUUCUGAAACGCCCUCUGACACGGCGCCAUCGCUUCCUGAAGCCGAGACACCCACAGAAACUCCUACCGACCAUCCACUGUACCGACUCUUUGAGGCCACGCACGACUCCGACGAUCCUACGACACGCUCUACAUCUCGUACAGUCAACACAAUCACAUCCACACCGAAGAAUGCGCUCGCCACUGUCAAGGCUGUGAAACAUCCGCCGCCACUGUCGCAACCUCUUUCUGUGCCGGAGUCGCAGUCGUAUCCACAGCUCACGCAGUUGCCGUUGCCGUCACAUCUGCAUCCAUAUCCAACGUCACAUCCACCAUCCCCAUCUCAGAUGCAGUCGCAGUCGCAGUCGCAGCCACCACUACCAUCAUUAUCAUCAUCGUCAGUGUCUGUAUCGUCACCUCCGCGGACCAACGCACGACCUGCCGGCGCAGGCUUUUCGGGCUCCGGCAGUACGCCUUUCCGAUUCGGCCUUGGCAGUCGCAUGACAGAACAAGCGAAGCCGCCGUCAUCAUUCUCGACAGCGAAUGCAUCCUCAGGGCAUCCCGCCUCAUCAUCAACUACAUCUACUCCACCCAUCUCCGGCUUAUCCAUGUCCGUGCCGGAGGCCGCGUCCGCGCCCACGUCCAUAUCAAUUCCCGUGUCGCGAAAAGGGUCGAUGGACGAGUCGGCUAAGUCGGUCAUAAGCCCCUUAGAACCACCUAGUGCACUGGACGUGAUGGCGACGUCAUCCUCGUCCGUGAGCACAUCACCACAACUGCCCGAGUCGCAGUCGAGCCACUCUGUGCCCACGUCACCUAUCGUUGAGGAUCCUGUCGAAUCAACUCGUUCAUCCCCAGCGCUUCGAAGAGUCGGCCACAUACCGAACCGCGCGAUGCGGCAAACGCCCCUCCGAACACUACGUCUUGUGUCGUCGUCCUCUUCGCUUGUGUGGGAAACACAAAGCGCGAAACGAAGCGUUGAUGAAGGCCGUGAUUCUACGCCAUCGUUUCUUGAGGAACCGUACACUGCUGGGUCUCGACCACAAGGCACGCUCAGCCGAACACGCAGUCGUGGACAUGCCAACACGGCUGCUAUGACUUGUGCACCCGCAUCGACGGUCAGUGAGCUACCACGCAGCCGCUCUGUCCCCGGGAAUCGUCUCGCACGCUUCUUAUCCAAACAGAAAGAAGCGGAUCAGGACGGCUCACCUGAGCCUACGGACUCUUCGACCACGAACUUGGCGACACUGCCAUCCUCCGUGUCUUUGACAUCGCUGGACCCAUACUCCACAUCUGUCGCGAAUACGAGCGUGCCGCCUGCUGCGAAUGCCAGGGCCACGAGCGCACAUCGACGGCAGCAUCAUGGCGGGUCUGACCCGACCAUGAUGGGGACGGCAAGAUUGCGACAUGAUCCUACAAAUUCGAAAAGGCAUGUGCGUGAGUAUUCCGAUCAAGCGAAGAGACCGGAUCCUCGGGACAUGCGCAACUGGACGAUACCCGCAGCUCCGAAUGUCGCUGACGCAACAUCCGAUUUAUCCGCAACCACGCAAGAUGUAUUCCAUGUGCCAUCGAAAGGCUCGUCCGUGGCGCCCUUCGAAGGUCCCGUGCUCCGCACGCUUGAUUAUGCUGCGUUGCUUAGCCGCCAAGAGCUCCAGGCCGAGAUGAGCCGGACUGUCGAGGAUUUAUGUACGUGGCUCGACGCGCUCGCCGCUGGGCUCGACGAAGUGCUACAUCCUCCCACGCGUGCCCUCCACCAACAUCCAACACGUGGGCCAUAG